AUGGAUUUAAUAUAUUUUCAGAUUUUCUUAUCCUCAAUAAUUGAAAAUCUUCAGCAGCACUAUAGCUUUAUGGCGACUGAUAAUAAAACUGCAUUAACCGAACAUUUCGCGCACAAGAUUCUCACCGAAUACCUAGAGGCGAAAGGGUUCAAAGUGACUCGACAUGCGUAUGGUUUAAAGACAGCAUUUCGCGCUGAAUUUGAAAAUAGGGUGGAUGGUAGCAGCGCGAAUGAUAAAGUACGGACUGUGUCGUUUAAUUCAGAAUAUGACGCGUUGCCUGGCAUUGGACAUGCAUGCGGGCAUAAUCUUAUCGCCAUUUCCGGUGUUGCUGCUGCAUACGGCGUCAAACAAGCAUUAAAGUCAUUGAAGAUGCCAGGAAAAGUGGUGUUAUUUGGGACGCCUGCCGAAGAAACCAUUUUUGGAAAAAUCAUGUUACUUGAAGCCGGAGCUUAUGACGAUGUUGACAUAUGCUUAAUGAUUCAUCCUUCAAACCAAGAUAAUAUCGGUGCAGCGUUUUUGGCUUUGGUUGAUGUUGACAUCGAAUAUUUUGGACGAGCAUCUCACGCUUCUGCGGCGCCUUGGAAUGGAAAAAACGCGCUUGAUGCUGCAAUUUUGGCGUAUACCUCUGUUUCAUUACUACGGCAACAGAUACUUCCAUCGGACAGGCAACGAGACCAACUCGCCAAGCUACGGCAAAGAGUUGAAAGUUGUUUCAUUACUGCUGCUGCUUCUACGGGAUGCAAAUAUAAAAUUACGUGGGGUCAUGAGGUUAACGAUGUUUUGACGAACCUCAAGCUCGGAAAUAAAUACGCCAAGCAUAUGAAUGACUAUGGCGUCGAUUUUCCGUAUGAUCCUUUGUCUUCUGCUGGAUCUACUGAUAUGGGAAAUGUGAGUUAUAGAGUACCUAGCAUUCACUCACGAAUAAGCCUUGGCACAAAAAAUGGGAUUCACACUCCAGAAUUCGAAAAAGAUGCAAAAACAAUCGAAGCACACACACGAAUUAUACGUGCUUCAAAGUGUUUGGCAUUGACAGCGUUAGAUGUGAUCACGGACGAUCAGUUUUAUAAAGAUGUGUAUGAUGAAUUUGUUAGAGUCAAACCUAAACUUUAA